AUGAUGGCUCAAUACAGUUCAAUUCUUACUGUAAUUGGGCUGAUUUGUGUGCUCAUAUCAUUUACCACUAAUGCAACAAAACAGAACAAUUCACAAAUCUAUAUUGUUCACUGUCAGUUCCCUGAUGGGGAAAGGACUGCCAAAUACCAAGAUUUAGAAAGCUGGUAUCUUUCUUUCUUGCCUACAACAACCUCGGAUAGUUCUCGUGAGGCACCACAUUUGAUAUAUUCCUAUCGAAAUGUCCUAACGGGCUUUGCAGCUAAGUUAUCACAAGAAGAUAUAAAGGAAAUGGAAAAAAUGGAAGGAUUUGUUUCUGCACGCCCCCAGCAGUUUCUUAAUUUACACACCACACAUAGUGUAAAUUUCAUGGGGUUGCAACAGAACAUGGGGUUCUGGAAAGACUCGAAUUAUGGGAAAGGCGUGAUCAUAGGAGUUCUAGAUACUGGAAUUCUUCCUGAUCAUCCUUCAUUUAGCGACAUUGGGAUGCCUCCCCCACCUGCUAAGUGGAAAGGAGUUUGUGAGUCCAAUUUUACGAACAAGUGUAACAAAAAGCUCAUUGGAGCGAGGUCUUACCAACUUGGCAAUGGUUCCCCGAUAGAUGGUAAUGGACAUGGUACACACACAGCAAGCACAGCUGCAGGAGCCUUUGUGAAAGGUGCUAAUGUAUUUGGGAAUGCUAAUGGGACUGCUGUUGGUGUUGCCCCUCUUGCCCAUAUAGCCAUAUAUAAGGUAUGUGGUUCCGAUGGCAAGUGUUCUGACAGUGAUAUUUUAGCUGCCAUGGAUUCAGCUAUAGAUGAUGGAGUAGAUAUUCUUUCAAUGUCCCUUGGUGGAGGUCCCGUCCCUUUCCAUAGUGACAAUAUUGCUCUCGGGGCGUACAGUGCAACAGAAAGAGGGAUUCUUGUAAGUUGCUCUGCUGGAAAUAGUGGUCCAUCCAGUUUCUCAGCAGGAAACACAGCCCCUUGGAUUCUUACGGUAGGCGCCAGCACUACUGAUAGAAAGAUAAAAGUUACUGUUACACUUGGAAAUACAGAGGAAUUUGAAGGGGAAUCUGCUUAUCGUCCACAGAUUUCCAACUCAACAUUCUACACUCUAUAUGAUGCUGCAAAAAGUAAAGGUGAUCCAUCUAAAACCCCUUAUUGCAAACCAGGGUCACUCACUGACCCUGCAAUAAAAGGAAAGAUAGUCAUAUGUUAUCCAGGUGUCGUUUCAAAUGUUGAUAAAGGACAAGCUGUGAAGGAUGCUGGAGGUGUUGGCAUGAUUGCCAUCAACCUGCCACAAGAUGGUGUCACUAAAUCAGCUGAUGCUCAUGUUCUUCCAGCAUUGGAGGUUUCAGCUGCAGAUGGAAUCAGAAUUCUUGCUUAUACGAACUCAAUAUCAAACCCUAUUGCUACAAUCACAUUCCAAGGAACAAUAAUUGGAGAUAAAAAUGCUCCCAUAGUUGCUUCAUUUUCUUCUCGCGGACCAAAUAAACCUAGUCCUGGCAUCUUGAAACCUGACAUAAUCGGUCCUGGUGUUAAUAUCCUUGCUGCUUGGCCUACCUCCGUGGAUGACAACAAAAACACCAAAUCCACAUUUAAUAUUAUAUCAGGCACCUCAAUGUCUUGCCCUCACCUUAGUGGCGUAGCAGCUCUGCUGAAGAGUACACAUCCUAAUUGGUCUCCUUCUGCUAUUAAGUCUGCAAUCAUGACAACCGCUUACACGUUAAACCUUGCCAGUAGUCCAAUACUAGAUGAAAGGUUACUUCCUGCAGACAUCUUUGCAAUUGGUGCAGGACACGUUAAUCCAUCAAGGGCAAAUGAUCCAGGACUAGUUUAUGAUACCCCCUCCGAGGACUAUUUACCUUAUUUAUGUGGUUUGAGGUACACAAAUGCACAGGUAGGUAGCCUGUUACGACGCAAGGUAAAUUGCUUGGAAGUAAAAAGUAUCCCUGAAGCACAAUUAAACUAUCCUUCGUUUUCCAUAUUUGGACUUGGAUCAACUCCUCAGACAUAUACAAGAACUGUGACCAAUGUUGGUGAUGUUGCAUCAUCUUACAAAGUGGAGAUAGCUUCACCAAUAGGAGUUGCCAUAGAAGUUGAACCUACAGAGCUAAAUUUCUCCGAGUUGAACCAGAAGUUAACAUACCAAGUGACAUUUUCCAAGACAACCAGCAGUUCAAAAGUUGUGCUUGUUGAGGGAUUCUUGAAAUGGACUUCUACUAGGCACUCAGCGAGAAGUCCAAUUGCAGUUGUGUUGGUCUAGUGAAAAAAAUUGGCUAUAAGUGCAUAAAGUAUUCAAACAUUUUAU